AUGCCAGUUAAUCCCUCGCAGAUACGCGGUAUCCUCUCUAGUCGGGGUCUAGGCUAUUCGGAGGAGUCGGAUUUCGUCAAGGAGCCCAUCUCUUCCAUGGAUUACCCGCACAUCUACACAGUCAGCCCUUCAAUCGACACGAUCUGCCUCAUUGGAGUCACUCUGAACGAGCAGCUUCAGCCGCUUACUCAACGAGCAGUCAAUAAGUGUGUUAUCAUCGCUGACGACAUCGACUACUCGUUUGAUGUUUUCGUUGAGGUCGUCCGAAAGAUUGCUGGUACGGACGAAGAGGACAAUGCCCCGCCUGGUGAUAUCUUCGCGGGUAUCUACCGUCAGAGGAACGUCGUGGUUAUCAAGGGCGCUCGCCUCCGGAACAACUGUCCCAGCCUACAAGUAUACGAGCAUCUUCUUCAUCUGGCCGGCAAGCGACUUCGUGAUGCCCUCGUUCUUAACUCCGGCCUUGAAGUUGUCUGGCAUAACAACGAGAAUCCGGACCUGCUCCUCCACUGCCUUCAGACACCCGGCCUGGACAUAUGUUAUUAUGCGAUUACCGCCUUCCAGGUUUUUACCACUGCCCUAGAAGAAAAUGGACAAUUCCAAGACCUAAUGAUACGCCAGGAUUUCACCCAAGAGCAAGCGGACCUUUGGGCUCUUCUGAUCUGCCAAGCGAGCAAAGACGACAUACCUCUUGCGACGUACUCGGAAUGGAGCUUACAGUCACAAGGCCGGGACACCAUCCGGCUCGACGUUAAUAUUUCAGAGGCAGGGCUCACAAGCUUCUUCGAUCUGUGGCUUUACCUAGUCCCUAAAGUAUUCUGGCGUCCCCUACUCGACGAGUUGCUAAACGGCCUUGCCACUUUCCAUCCACCUACCUUGACAGGUUCUACGAACAAGUAUGAGGCGUCGUCCUUAGCAUCUGAUCUCGUUCGUAUCCACAAGGACCUUUGCCAACUUCCUAGAAAGGCUACGAGUGCCGCCUUAUACCGCCUCACCACCACCCGGUCGGACUCCGUACGCGAAGUGGAUAUGCUUCCUGUAACUAUCGCCGUUCCCAAGGAGACCGAUUACCGCCUGCCUCCAUUUUCAGAUAUGCAUCGCAAUCCAAGCUUCGACGGAACGGUCUACUACCUAGUAGGCGGAAAGAAGACAGGGAUAACUGCGCCUCACAACCACAUCCGUAAACGCUGGGACUACCUCGUUGAGUGCACUCGCUCCGGCUACAACAAGGCCAUGCGUGACGCUCAAUACUUUGGCAUGAGCGAGGAGGUUGCCCUAAAGUGGGCGAAAGCCGUGUCUGGUCAUGCCGGGAAGAAAGGCGCGCUGACGGAAAGGCUUUUGGCCUGGAAAGCAGACAACGUUGCAGCGCUUUCUGCUCUGUCUGCACGUGACUCUUCCCGGGCCAAGGACAACCUCAACGCGGUACGUGAGGCUUCCGAGGAAUGCGUCUUCUCUGUCCUCGCGAGGAAGACUUUACACGCGGCCGAAGGAGAGGUCACCGUCGGUACUGAAGACGAUACCGCACUCUGA